ACCAACCCAAAAUGGCGAUGGACACAGUCGCAAAGUAUCUGUAACCUCAAAAAACUGUCUAUCCAAAAGUGCGUUUAUAGUGAAAAGUUGAUGUUUCAAAAUAAUAUUUAUUAAUUAAAGUUAUAUUUAUAGGCAUAUAAUUAAUAAAUGGGCAUAAUACAUUGACGUUGUUUAAAACAAACUAAUAAAUUAAGACUUUUCACCUUGUAAAUUUUGUAAAUUUAUUUAGUGUAAUAUGAAGUAUAUAAAGAAAUUGCGAUGAAAUAGUAAUGCUUCCUUCCACCGGUUAUUUCAAAACAAUUAAUUGUCCUUUUUACGAGAGUGGUUCAUGUGAUAGACCUUACUGCCACUUUAAACAUGCUCGAAAAGCAAACCCCUCCUCUGCAGAUGAUACAACCAACAUUUUGGGUAUAUCAACGGCGGAAACGACGGAAACUGUGACAAAGAUUAAUGAGGGAGUGGGUACAAGUUUGGUCGCAACUCCUGAUUCAGACGCGUUACAAAAACUAGUAACCGAAACAGUGAAAAAGAUUCUUGCCACUCAAGAGGUUUCUGAUACGGAUAAAAUUUCAGAAAAUAUUGUAACAAAAGUUGUCGAAGAAUUGAAACCAACACUUGCUUGCGGAUCUUUAGUUUCGUCUCCAGCAGUUCCUGAACCUUCUCAAUCAAAUGAAUUGGGCAAGCAUACUGGUGUUCCUUCUUCCAUUUCAAAGUGCGUAUAUAAUCCAACUCCAAUUGCCGAAUUAAAAAAACGUCAUAUUCCUAUUGCUUCGUACAUACCGACAAGAGAAAGCAAAGUGUCAGCUAAAAGAAAAAUUUCUCCAGAUAGAAGCAAAAGUUUACUCUCUUUUAUUCACGCGUCUGGCAACAAUUAUUCAAGUAACGAGAUUUACAAACCAACAUCGAUAGGUAUUGCUGAUACUACUUCAAUUCCAAGUUAUGUUCCAACAGCGAGGUCCGAUUCUUCACCAGCAAAUUCUUAUGACGAUAGCAAUUCUAGUGAAUAUUUUCCCAGAAAGUCAAAAGAACAAUACUUUCCAAAGGUGAAAAAGAGAAGAGAAGAAUAUGUUCCUCGGAGAAUAAAACAUCCUCUAAAAACAGUACAGCAAUUAGAGGAGAGUAUAGAGGAGGAUACUGUUUUAGAAUUUGCAAGGAAGUUUGAAACAAUUGAUAAACUUCUUUUAGAAGAUGAGACAGAUGUCGAACCCAUUAAUGAAGAAUCUCAUGAAUAUGAGAGUAUAGAUCCUAAAUUUUCUGAUGACGAAUCUGAGGAUGAAAAUUUAAUUGCAUCAACUGAUGAAGUAAAAGAAUUAGAAGAUGUAUCAAAAGUAAAAAAUGUCGAAGAGAAAGAAAAUACAGACAUUGAACAAAUUGAGAAAAAGGAAGAAAAUACAGACUCAAAGAGUCAUAAAAUUAGUAGUAGUAGCAGCAGUUCAAAAUCCACUCGAGAACAUAGUAAUAGUUCCAAGUCUCAAUCUAAAGAUCAAUCUAAGAGAGAGAAAAGCAGGUCUGAAAAAUCUCAAAUUUCAAAACACGAUGAAAGGAAAAAAAGCGAGGGAAAAAGUGAAAGUAAAAAUUCAAAGAAUGAAACAAGUAAGGAUAAACACAGUAGUUCUAAAAAUAAGGAACAUUCUUCUUCAUCUAGUAGAAGUAAAGAUAAAAAUAAAGAAAAAGAUGCACAUAAAGAAAGAGAAAAGGAUAGAAGUAGUGACAGGAGUAAAAGUUCAAAAGAUAGUAAAAGUAAGGACAGCAAAGAAUCUAAGGAUCUAAAAAGUAAGAACAAAAAAGAUUAUAAAUCUGAAAAAGAAAGAGAGGGUUCGAGGGACAGUAAACAAGACAAGCACAAGUCAGAAAAACAUAAAUCCAGAUCUAAAUCAAGUUCAUCAAGUUCAUCAAGAAAAGAUAAGCACAAGUCUCACAAAUGUGAUGAUAAACAUCACUCCAGUUAUAAAUCCAGUAGUUCAAAUCAUAAGCACAAUAGCUCCAGUAAAAAAACAAUAAAAUCAAAGAGAGAUAAAUCUGAGGAUCGAGAUUUUGGAUCUGAACUCGAAGGAAUGCAUUUUAAUUUUGAGGAUGAAGAACCAAUGGAGAUUUCUGAUUCCGAUCACGAUGUUGAAGAAGAGUGCUUUAAAAUCUUUCAGGAAUACGAAGUAUCGGAUCAGAAAGAUGUUACCAAGAAGCAAUCUUAUAAACGACAUAUCAAGGAAGUUGAUGAUGCAGAAGAAGUUGUAGUUAAAAAGAGAAUUGCUUAUCCUUCAGCAACUUCGAUGUCGAGUCAACUACCCGAACGUAAAGAACCUAAGAAAGUAAUAAACCCUCACCAAAAAUUGUAUGAACGAUGGAAAUUAUUGAAAGCAGCAGCAGCAAAUUCUUCGGAUAAAAAUGAUGAAUAUGUUCCUGAACAAAUAAAACCCACGAGUAGUAAAUAUAUCAGUGAAAGUUCAUCUCAGUCAGUUUCAUCUAAAAAUGAAACACAGCUCAAUGGAAAUGGUCGAAUAAGAAUUGCUCACGUUCCAUAUGCCAUGUCCUUGGCUUUAGAAAAGAAAAAAGUUUUAGAAAAUGCAUCAAGCGCAAUGACAAAAACAGUAGCACAGACAACAAAAACUGGUUCACGAGUAGCUCAUAUUCCCGUGGCGAUACCGCAAUUAAUUCGACCAGAGCCAAUGCAAGUAUCAACACAAAAAUUUCCGGCUAAUGUCCGUCAACAUUAUGUGAAUAUUAUGCACGAUAUUUGUGUGCAAAUUUACACAAAUGGCGAAGAUGCAGUGAAUCGAGCGACGCGGGAAGAAUAUGCCUGUCAUGAGCGUUGUAAAGCUUUACCUGUUUAUAAGAAUUCUUGUAUGCUUGCUGCUCAUAGAUUGAGAAAGGAAGUAGAUCAGGGUACAGAUGCUUCCUCAAUGUCAUCUGCAAGUGGAAUAGUUUCACACGAAGCUGUUCUAGCUGGUAAGUCAAAAGGUUCUUGGAGUGUUAUUAAAAGUAAAAAAUCAGUGACUGAUUUGCAUGGAGCGAAUCUUUAUUAUAUGCUCUCAAAAUGGAUUAUGACUGAACAACAAUUAAAAGAUAAUGGAUUUCCAAGACCACAUCCAGAUGGACCUAGGGGUCGAGCAAAAGUUUAUGUAAUUAAUACUAGGAAUCAUUCAAUUAUAUCGAAAGUGCCUAACGAAAGAUUUUGUAGCCGUUGCAAUCAGCCCUAUAUUAUUGAUCGAUUUGGAAUUCCAGUUAAAAAGGAAAAUUGCAUUUAUCAUUAUGGUCGUAAAUUUACUUAUCGAGGUGAAGGAAAAUAUAGUUGUUGUCAGCAAGAUAGUUCGGCGAGUGGUUGUUGCGAUGCAAAAUCACAUGUAUGGGAUUAUGUAGACGUAGAAAAUCUUCGUGGUUACGUUACUACAUUACCUAAAGAAACAGAUCUUCUUCCGGAAGAACAAGGGGUAUAUGCUCUUGAUUGUGAAAUGUGUUAUACAACGCAAGGUUUGGAAUUAACUAGAAUAACAGUCAUUAAUGAAGAUUGUCAUGUUGUUUAUGAAACUUUAGUCAAGCCUGAACAUCCUAUUCUCGAUUAUAAUACAAGAUUCUCAGGGAUAACUGAAGAAAAUAUGAAAGAUGUUUCAACGACUCUACUCGAUGUUCAAGCAACGCUUCUCACAAUGUUUUCCGAUAAAACUAUUUUAGUGGGUCAUAGUUUGGAAAGUGAUUUCAAAGCGUUAAAACUCAUACACGAUACGGUAGUGGAUACUAGUAUUAUGUUUCCUCAUCGAAAUGGUUAUCCACAAAAGAGGGCACUUAAAAAUCUUUGUUCUGAAUAUCUACGCAAAAUAAUACAAAAUGAUGUUGGUGGACAUGAUAGCAACGAAGAUGCGAUGGCUUGUAUGGAAUUAGUUUUGUGGAAAGUUAAAGAAGAGGCAAAAUUAAUAUAACUUUUUUCUUUUAGUUAAAUUAUAUAAUUUACAUCUUGUUGAGUGCACCAAAAACAAAAAGUGAAGAUUAUGAUUAUAUCAGAAUUGUUUAGUGAUUUUUUUUUUAUUCUCAGUUAAAUAGUAUUACACUAUUCUACUGCCAAAUGUAUUAUAGUUUUCAUGUAUAAAUAUGUAAUAUAAGUAAUUCAAAUUCGUACAUUCUUUAAUAA